AUAUUUAAGAUCUGUAUUUCCUCAGUUGUUUGCUUCCAUCAUCAUCUCAACAACCAGUCUUUUCAUCUACUACAAAAUACCUCUUUCCCUCCCACUUCUUUUCUUUGGCUGUGGUCAGAUUUUAGGACAUUCUCUUCACAACAAUUAUAUCAUACUUUUGCUGCUAGAUCAGCUUAAAACUUUCACUUCUUCACCAAUUCGAGCCACCUUCAAGGCCAAGUAAGAUAUUCUCUCUUCAACUAUUAUCAGAGACGCAGAUUCUGUUUACUCCGCUAUUCAACACUUGUCUACUGGAAAGUCCCCUCGAUCAUUAUUGUAUCAUUUUCACCCCGUUUUCGGAUACUCUCAUCCAGCACAAUGUUUUCACCCAAAGGUCAAGAUUAUGGCUCUUUCGGUUUCGCCUUUACCAUCACUCGGGCUUUACAAGCCAUUUGCCUGAUUUGCAUCCUUAGUAUGUCUGCAAAUUUCAUCGCAGAGAUCAAUUCGGUCGACACAGCACCCCCAUCAGUUAUCAUUGCAACUCUCAGUAUUGUUGUGAUUGUGGUUGUGUUUCUUCUUAUAGGCUAUCUUCUCUAUCUUGAGCUCCAACUCAGCUUCCUCUUGGCUACUGCAUUCGAUACAGCGGCUCUUAUUGCUCUCAUUGUGGUUUCUGUGAAAGUCGGAACGCCACUUUCUUAUCUAGAAUGUCCUGCCCUUCCCAAUGUUGGAGUGACUUCGGCAUUUGUCGAAUCAGCUGUCGGAAAUUUCUCUAAAGCCAAUUACUACUUCUGGGUCGGUGCAUCGAAGACGGCAUGUUACGAAAUGAAAGCCAUCUGGGGAUUUAGCAUGGCACUUUGUGUGCUAUUUUUCUUCAGUGGCAUUAUCAACAUGUGCAUAUGGAAAAAGAACAAGUUGGCUGCGUCGAAGAGAGAUUUGGAGUAUCAGGGAUAAACUAAUAUAAAAAUAUAGAUAAAGAGUAGCGGUGGUGCGUAGAUGGGAAGAGUUGAUUCGACGUGCAGAAUGCCUAUUGAAAUUCGGAAAUAAUGGAGACUGUGAUCAUGAUAGGAAGCAGGAAAACGGGGAUAAGAGUGAGAAUGGUUGUCUCGACAUAGGUACCCAAAAUGAAGGCGGAAGAUACUGCACCAAAACUUUCGAGAUUUGGUGUUGAAUCAACAGCAAGCAUAGAGAAUUGGCAAGGGUGGAUAUGGGUUAAAGGAAAAAAGGAAAAAGGCGGGGCUCCUCUGGUGGCAUGAAGGGGGACGUAAUAAGGUGAACAAAAUUAGUUCUCAUGGUUGGGAGGUUUUCUUCUGUUAGCAUGGGAUCGAUUGGUUAAUGCUUGAUUUUUGCUUUGAGUUGCAAUAAUCGUCAAUGAGACUUAAUGGAUACACAAUUAUUUGGAUUUUUUACGUUGCCCAUCAUGUUUCC